AUGAAGUCGUGUGUAUUGUUGGCAUUGCUGAGUUUAGUCGCUGUAGCUUGGGGUAGGCCACAACAUUAUACUGACAAAUGGGAUAACAUCAAUGUUGAUGAAAUUUUGGAGUCCCAACGUCUCCUGAGAGGAUAUGUUGACUGUUUAGUUGACAAGGGUCGUUGUACAUCAGAUGCAAAAACUCUGAAGGAAACUUUGCCUGACGCUCUGGAAAAUGAUUGCAAGAAAUGUACGGAAAAACAAAAGACAUCGGCUGAUAAAGUUAUUCGUCAUUUGGUUAACAAGCGGCCAGACUUAUGGAAGGAACUCGCAGGAAAAUAUGAUCCUAAGGAUAUCUACCAACAAAAGUACAAGAACAAGAUUGACGCUGUCAAAGAGAAGCACUGA